AACAUUAUAUAUGCCAAUCGGUUUUCGUCAUUUUCUCAUCAUCCAAACGAAGAAAAAGUAAAUCAAAAUACCAACCCAUAGCUUGAAACGAUGGCCUUCCGCCUUAGCAACAACCUUGUCGGAAUCCUAAACUUCAUAACGUUUCUCCUCUCCAUCCCCAUCCUCGGUGCCGGCAUCUGGCUCAGUCGAGAAGGCGUGACGGAAUGCGAGCGGUUUUUAGACAAGCCCGUCAUCGUGAUCGGAGUCUUCCUCAUGUUGGUCUCACUCGCGGGACUAAUCGGCGCGUGUUGCCGCGUCACUUGGCUGCUCUGGCUUUAUCUAGUAGUCAUGUUCCUCCUCAUUGUGCUCGGCAUCGUCUUCACGAUCUUUGCUUUUGCGGUGACGAAUAAAGGGGCCGGAGAAACUUUGUCCGGGAAAGGGUAUAAGGAAUACCGACUCGGUGAUUACUCAAACUGGUUACAGAAGAGAGUUACCGAUGGGAAGAACUGGAAUAAGAUCAAGAGCUGUUUGGCUGAUAGUAAAGUUUGUACUGAUUUCCAUGAUAAGUAUCUCAAUGUUUCUGUCACAGAGUUUUACCAGGAGCACUUGUCCUCCGUUCAGUCGGGUUGCUGUAAGCCAUCAAACGACUGUCAAUUCAACUACGUCGGACCGACGAACUGGACGAGAGGGAGUGCCGAUUCGGUGAACCCCGACUGCAAUCUGUGGGAUAAUAACUUGGACACUCUGUGCUUCGACUGCGAGUCGUGCAAGGCUGGAUUCAUAGAUAAUCUCAGGAGUUCGUGGAAGAAGGUGGCAGUCGUCAACAUCGUCUUCCUCGUCUUCCUCAUCGUCGUCUACUCUGUUGGCUGCUGUGCUUUCAGGAACAAUAGGAGAGACAAUUAUUAUCAGCAGCCGUGGAAGCCUUGAGGUGGCGUUUGUUCUUGGUUUCCCAUUUCAGAUGCUUCUUUUUAUUUUCUGCAUUGUGUUUUAGUGUUUAUGGUAUGCAUAUUGGUUCUUUUAUGUAUAAAUUUGGAUUCCUAGUA